UUGCAUAAAUGCCUUAUCUCAAUACAUCCUACUACUGUGGGAUUUACAGAAAACCAGAAGAAGAAUCGUCGCGAACAGAGUCCUGUACACUCUUCCCGUCCACCGAUUAUCCCGAGCUAUCAGCCUGAACAAAGGGAUCAUGGUGGCUUCAUGAACCCAACAAGCAGCGACCUUGAACGUGUCUCUUACUCCGCUAUGGUUGACGAAAGCAAUCAGACCCAAACAACACCAUCGCCGACCGAAUCUUCAUCAUUUAUGAAGCUCUUACCAAGCAAUAUCUCAAUGUUCUCAAUGAUUCUGGGAGUGUUAGUCGGCUUAACUGUUUUGAUACUACUAAUUAUUGCUUUCGGAUAUCGGACACGUCGUCAACGUGCGGCCUAUGCACGGCGAAAAGCACUUUCUGAUCAAGCGACCACCGACAAUACAACCUUCUCAGAUGCUGAAAAGAUGAAUCAACAUCAGCGUCAACCAACACCUAUGAACCAGCAUGUCACUAACUUUAGUUAUCAUCCGGGCAGUGAUAAUGGAGGUGGUGGGGGUUCUGGGAUAGCUUCUACCUACAUGCCGCAUGCUAUGUUUGCGUCGGAGAACUGCUGGCCAACCGGUUUACAGCCCGUUCCACCUGGAGGCAACUACUUCGAUGAGGAGGUUCAACAAUGCGCAUUCCCACCACUUGGAAGGGAUUCCGGAUCUCAUGGUUAUGCUCAACUACCAAUAUCUAGCUCACAUCACAGCGGCUUGAUAUAUAGUCAUCAGAGCAGUACAACCACCAUGAAUCGAUCAAAUAAUCAACUCCUGCCAUAUCAGACGCCACACAACUGCUGCCCACCUGAAAACUUCUCCGUUGGGCCUCGAAUAUGCUCUCCUGCAGUGAACUCAACUCUCUCCACCGAAAGUGAUCGAUUUUCUGGCAAUGCUAGCAGUCACCCAUCCUCCUUUCAACCCAUUUAUCAGCCCAAUAGCGGGAGCUGCGUUUCCCCUCACAAUAUUCGACACAAAUCCCAGCUUAACCAACCUCUCUGGAUGGGUUAUGAUGAAUGUCCUGCACUGACAUUGCUUGAUACUCCACUUCCUGAUAACAUGAUCCAGGAUAUUAACGGCAUAGGGAACGAUAUUUCUAACAUCCACCCGAAUGCCAUGUCAUUCGAAAGCUUGAUUGAACCUCCGGAUAGUUUCAAGACUGGUCCGCCAUCGAUAGGUAUGCCAUUGGAGGCUGUUCCUCCAAGAAUGGCUCAACUACGACGGUUGGAGAAGUCUAUAAAUGGAAAUGGCGAAUGGAAUUGGCAGGAAGGAGAAUUUUCCGAACAUUGA